AUGGACAGAGAGGAGAUAAGUGUUAUUGUAAAAAGUGUGUUUGGUGUCCGUCCGAAAGACAAGCAAGAGGAGGCACUGGAGCACUUGAUGAAGAGGGGAUCGGGAGAUUUAUUGUUAAAUUUACCCGUUGGUUAUGGGAAAAGUUUGGUGUACCAAGCCUUUCCAUUUCUCCAAGAUUCAUCAUCCUCUUUGGUCAUUGCACCGCUCAACAUCAUUCAGACUGAACAGCUAGCAAGCUUAAACUUACGGCAUAAAGAAUUCAGACCUGAUUACAGGAAAUUGGCAGAAUUACCAGCCAUCUUUAACAAGGCCAAAUUUGUUGGUAUGAGUGGCACCAUGACGAAGAAACAGGUAGAGAACUUACCCAAGAAACUAGGCUUUAAGAACAUUAAAAUUAUUUGUAUAAGUCCUGAUAAGGAAAACAUUUUUCUUGAAAAAAAGGAAAAAAUUGUGUCAAAAGAUGUUACAAGUGUUUAUGAACAUAUUUUUAAAACUGAAUGUUUAGAGUUGCAGAAACAUCCAACCAGCUACCCUGUUACAUUAUUAUUUAUACCCAUGUACUACAUGAGUUGUGCCCUUUUUUUUUUGAAGUCACUGUUUGGUGAAAACAAAAUUAUGGAAUCCUGUUAUUCUGCAAUCUUCGCAAAUCAGGAUGAUGAGGUUAUUCAGGCUACAUUAAAGGAUUUAAAUACAGAAAAUCCCCGUAUAAGGUUAAUUUUAACCACUUCUGUUACGGGGAUGGGAUUUGAUCCUACAUGUAUUACAAGAGUGAUUCAUGCCAGUCCCCCAAGAUCUGUUUCUCAGUAUCUCCAAGAAAUUGGUAGAGCUGGAAGGCGAGGACAGGCCUCUGAAGCUAUCUUGUACUACAAUAAAAGAGAUAUUGCCAAAAAUUUGCCUGGAAUUUCCGAUGACAUUAUUUCUUACUGUAACACUGAAUCUUGUCUGAGAACAAAUUUACUUUCAGUAUUUGGUUAUUUAAAAUCUAGUUCAUUACAGGGUUGUGCAUGUUGCUGCUUUUGUAAAAAAACGUGUACUUGUGAGAAUUGUGAAUUAGCAAGCUUAGAUAUUUAA